AUGGCCUACACUUUGUUUUUUCCCCCAACAGAAAAUGGCCUAUACUCAGUUAUGCAAAACGUAAAUGGUGCAAACCCGAGAAGAAAGGUUUGGAAAUUGAGGCAAAUGUCGAUGCCCAGCUCGAGGCAGCAGCUGCACUACUACUCCUACAACCUCAGCCAAAACAACUUCUUCCCUUCAUUCUUUACUACCUGUUUAUCACCAUUCUUCCUUUCUUUCACUAUUCUUUCAGCCCUUUUGAUCAAUCUCCUUACACCAACUGCUUUUGCCAUCAAUCAUGAAGGUUUAACUCUGUACUCAUGGCUGCAUUCCUCUCCUUCACCACCUCAGGGUUUUUCAAGCUGGAGUUUGCGUGACUCAAAUCCAUGCAAAUGGACUUUCAUAACAUGCAAUUCACAAGGACUUGUUUCUGAAAUUAAUAUACAAUCCAUCCCUCUUCAGCUUCCCUUGCCUUCAAAUAUUUCUUCAUUCAUUUACCUCCAAAAGCUUGUGAUAUCUGAUGCAAAUGUUACUGGAACUAUCCCAUCUGAACUGGGGGAUUGUGCUGCACUUACAGCUAUAGACUUGAAUUCAAAUACCCUUGUGGGAAGCAUCCCAACAAGCAUUGCCAAGCUUCAGAAUCUCCAAGAUUUGCUCUUGAACUCUAAUCAGCUGACAGGGAAAAUCCCAGCUGAGUUGAGCAAUUGUCAAAGCCUGAAGAACCUUUAUCUGUUUGACAACCGUCUGGGUGGGAGCAUACCUGCUGAAUUAGGUCUGUUACCAAAUCUUGAAAUUCUGAGAGCAGGUGGCAAUAAGGACAUCGCUGGAAAAAUCCCUGAUGAGCUUGGAAACUGUGGUAACAUGACUAAUUUAGGCCUCGCAGACACCAGGAUUUCCGGUUCUCUGCCUGCUUCAUUAGGUAAGCUUACCAAACUGAAGACGUUGUCUAUUUAUACUACAAUGGUUUCUGGAGAGAUCCCUCCUGAAAUAGGGAAUUGUUCCGAGCUUGUCAACUUGUACUUGUAUGAAAAUAGCCUUUCUGGUUCAAUUCCACCAGAGCUUGGGAAGCUCAAAAAUCUAGACAAAUUGUUGUUGUGGCAGAAUAAUCUAGUUGGGGUUAUUCCAGAGGAGAUUGGGAAUUGUAGUAAAUUGACAAUGAUUGAUUUAUCUUUGAACUCUUUGUCCGGGACUAUACCAUGGUCUAUUGGUGGCCUUGUUGAGCUUGAAGAAUUUAUGAUUAGUGACAAUAAUGUGUCUGGAUCAAUUCCUUCGGUUCUGUCAAAUGCGACAAAUCUCAUGCAGUUGCAGCUUGAUACUAACCAGAUAUCAGGUUUGAUACCACCUGAGCUGGGAAAGUUAUCUAACCUCAUAGUGUUUUUUGCUUGGGAAAACCAGCUUGAAGGAAGCAUACCUGCAAGUUUGACUGGUUGUGCUAGCCUACAGGCUCUAGAUUUAUCUCACAAUUCACUCACUGGUAGUAUUCCUCCGGGCUUGUUCCAAUUGCAAAACCUUACAAAGCUUCUAUUGGUUUCUAAUGACAUUUCGGGCACAUUACCUCCCGAAAUAGGAAAUUCUAGUUCUCUGCUAAGGUUGAGGCUUGGAAGCAACAGGAUUACAGGUCAAAUUCCUAAAGAAAUUGGGGGCCUGAAAAUCUUGAACUUUCUUGAGUUGUCUGGUAAUCGCCUUUCUGGAUCAGUACCUGAUGAGAUUGGAAGUUGCACAGAGCUACAGAUGGUAGACCUAAGCAACAAUACGCUCGAAGGUCCCCUGACUAAUGCAUUGUCAUCUCUGUCUGGGCUUCAAGUCUUGGAUGUUUCAGUGAACCAAUUUUCUGGUCCUAUACCAGCGAGCUUUGGUCGUCUUGCUUCUCUGAACAAGUUAGUCUUGAGUGAAAAUCAGUUCUCUGGAUCAAUACCUCCUUCACUAGGCCUCUGUUCAAGCCUUCAGUUUCUAGAUCUUAGUAGCAACAAGCUCUCUGGUCCGAUCCCUUUGGAGCUGAGCAAACUUGAAUCCCUUGAAAUUACUCUCAACCUGAGCUGCAAUGGGCUCGCUGGGCCAAUUCCUGCCCAGAUAUCUUCACUUUCCAAGCUUUCCAUACUAGACCUUUCACACAAUAACCUUGAAGGAAACUUGACCCCACUAGCAAUGCUGGAUAAUCUCGUCUCUCUGAAUGUGUCAUUCAAUAAUUUGUCUGGUUAUCUUCCUGACAACAAGUUCUUUCGGCAGUUACCUGUAUCAGACCUGGCAGGGAAUCAAGGCCUGUGCUCCUUUGGGCAGGACUCCUGCUUCCAGGGCAAUGUGGCUGGCAUUGAAGUAGCCAAAAAUGAGAAUAAUAUGACGAGGUCAAGGAGACUCAAAGUGGCAAUUGCAUUGCUUGUCACCCUGACAAUUGCAAUGGUGGUCAUGGGAACAUUUGCAGUUGUCCGAGCACGUAGGAGUUUGAAAGGUGGUGAUGAUUCAGAAAUGGGAGAGUCAUGGCCUUGGCAAUUCAUUCCAUUCCAGAAACUAAAUUUCUCUGUUGAUCAAGUGUUAAAAUGCCUGGUGGAGUCAAAUGUGGUUGGAAAAGGUUGUUCUGGAGUUGUCUACAGGGCAGAUAUGGAUAACGGUGAGGUUAUUGCGGUAAAGAAGCUGUGGCCAUCUUCAAUGGGCUCAACCAACGGAUGCAGCGAAGAGAAGUGUACUCUUCGUGAUUCCUUCUCAGCAGAAAUAAAAACACUUGGCGCAAUCAGGCAUAAAAACAUUGUAAGAUUCCUAGGCUAUUGUUGGAAUCGAAGCACUAGAUUGCUCAUGUAUGAUUAUAUGCCUAAUGGGAGCUUAGGCAGCCUUCUUCAUGAGAGAAAUGGAAGUCCUCUGGAAUGGGAACUGAGAUAUCAAAUUCUUUUAGGAGCUGCACAAGGACUGGCUUAUUUACACCAUGAUUGUGUCCCUCCAAUUGUUCAUAGAGACAUUAAGGCCAAUAACAUUCUCAUUGGUCUUGAAUUUGAGCCUUAUAUCGCUGAUUUUGGCCUUGCAAAGCUUGUUGAAGAUAGCGAUUUUGCUCGCUCAUCCAAUACAGUUGCAGGUUCCUAUGGCUAUAUUGCUCCAGAAUAUGGCUACAUGAUGAAGAUCACAGAAAAGACCGAUGUUUAUAGCUAUGGUGUGGUUAUGUUAGAGGUCUUGACUGGGAAACAACCAAUUGAUCCAACAAUUCCAGAUGGAGUCCACAUAGCAGAUUGGGUGAGACAGAAAAAUGAAAGUUUGGAAAUCCUUGAUCCAAGCUUACUAUCCAGGCCUGAAUCAGAGAUUGAUGAAAUGACACAAACAUUAGGCAUAGCCUUAUUAUGCGUAAACGCAUCCCCUGAAGAAAGGCCUACAAUGAAAGAUGUGGCAGCAAUGCUCAAGGAAAUCAAGAAUGAAAGAGAGGACUAUGCAAAAGUUGAUGUUCUAAUCAAGGGCUCUCCAGCAGCAGGUGAUAAAGGAACUAAGAAGCCAAGUAAUGUCCAAGCAACUUCUUCUUCGGCACAGGCAAAUCGAAACUUGUUUCCCAAAAGCAAUAACACCAGUUUCUCAGCAUCCUCAUUACUAUAUUCAUCAUCCUCUAAUGUCAAAAUGUGAUUUAAGUGA